UGGAAAGAUGCACACGACCACUCCGAUCACCUUCCACCCACCACCGUCCAAUUCUCUCUUUUCUUCUCUUUGUAGCUGUAAAAAAGAAAAAUAAGCUUCGUUACUUCUCGUGAUCUCCAACUUGACACUUUGUAGCUGUGUGGUUUGAAUAACAUAAUACUUUUUAAACAAAUGUGUGAAUUUUCACAUAAUUCUUAAAGUCGUUACUAUCUUUUAGAUAAAAACGGGUUUUUAAUUUAUUUAUCGAUUGUUGGUUCAAAACCCAACAAUGUGAGAUGAGUUCUUGAAGAUAUCAUCUGGGAUUUAUCUAUUUUCUUGUUUAUAAGUAUCUUUCUUGAUGAUGGUUGUUUCGAUUUCUGAAACAUUAACAAACCAAACAAGAAGACGUCCGUUGUUGUCGUCUGAGAAAGAUCACAGCGUCAUUACCCUUAAUAACUCAACAAGACAUAUUUCUUCAAGUUCUUCAAAUUCGAACUCAAAAUCAUCAUCUUUACUAACACCUACGCCUCCUAGAAGGUCGCCAUCUCGUCUUGUCUCCAGAGAUUCGAUUACUCCGGCUGUGAAACGGUCGGUUUCGGCUGACCGGAGGAGACCCGCCAAGCCGGAUCUUAACUUGAAAUGUAACAACGCCGGCAGAGAGGUGUCCAUGUCCGCAGCUGCCAAGCUUUUGUUAACAUCUACAAGAAAUUUGUCUGUGUCUUUUCAAGGUGAGGCUUCUUCGCUUCCCGUCAAUAAGACCAAAAGGAGACCUAAUUUGAAUAAUGUCAGAAAGGGUAUUCCUGAGAGGAAGACAACUGGUUCCCCUUUGAGAAGGAAGGUCGAAGAUCAUGGGGACAACACUAAACCCAUGGAUCAACACUGGUGGCCAUGCAAAACCCACCAAGCUACUAACACCAUCUUCUCAAAGAGUUUUAACGUUGAGAAAUCCAAGGUUAUUGAAUCCCGAAAUGUGAUUCGAGCUUUACACCAAUCCAUAGAUGGUGGUGGUAGAUCGAGUCUUGAUCUGGGUAACGCUGCUAGCGAUGAAUCGAAAUUAGUAGCCUCCCAAAAAUUCGGGAUUUCAAAGAAAUUCAUAAGGAAUAGGCCAUUAUCAUCACCAAGAACAAUGGCUUCAGCAUGUAGAAUGAGAUCAGGAUCACAGAGUGUGUUGAUGACGUCAUCAAUGGAUUCCAUUAGGAAUUCUGGAACCAUUACUACCGAUGAUACACGAUCUGUACUUAGUUUUGCUUUUGAAGGUGGGAGAAAAAAGGUAGGCGAGAAGCGGAUUCUUGAUGCACAUAUGUUGAGGCUCUUAUAUAAUCGGCAAUUGCAGUGGCGAUAUGUGAACGCUAGGACUGAAGAUAUAUUGUUGAAGCGAAAACAUAGAACAGAGAAAUAUCUCUGGAACACAUGGGUUACAACCUCGGAUCUGCAUGACUCUGUCACUAAAAAACGACACAGAUUGCAAUUGCUGAGGCAAAAACUGAAGUUGGCCUCCAUCAUUAAACAACAAAUGGGUUUUCUGGAAAAGUGGGCUUGUUCAUAUAAAGACCAUUCAAGAUCAUUGCUUGGAGCAAUUAAAGAUUUGAAGGGCAACACUCUUCGUCUUCCAGUUGAUGGUGGUGCAACUGCUAAUAUCCAGAGCAUGAAGGAUGCUAUAAGUUCAGCAAUGGUUGUGAUUCAGGCAAUGGGUUCAUCGAUACACUCACUCUGUUUGAAGGCAGAGGAAGUGAAUUCACUUGUGAUGGAGCUCGCAAAUGUAUCUGCGAAAGAGAGAGCCCUUAUUAGGAUCUGCAAAGAUUUCUUGUUCAUGUUAAUGGCUCUAAAGGUCAAAGAUUGUAGUUUGAGAACGCAUUUGCUACAAAAGGUUUAACUUCUCUUUUGGUACAUCAUGGUUGCCUUUUAUGUUUUAGGUAGGGAGAAACGGAGGUCACCUUUGUUUUUUUAUUUAUUACUUAAAGGUUUUACACGCUUUUUUUUUAUUACUUUUACUUGGGAUGUAUAUAUUGACAUAGAAUAUGCGGCUUCAGUCAUUUACUUUCCCUCUGUAAUAUUAUGAUCAUGUAUUUAGUAGGGUAACCUGCCUUGGAAAGAAACAAUAUUCUUUUAUGCCUUUACCAUAACCAUGUAGAUGCUUAUCAAUGUUGUACAUUGUUGUAGUUGAACAAUAGUUAAUAACUAAGCAAGAAAAUAGUAAAUGAGUUUCACCAAUCAAACAAGGGUAUUGGUAAAUAAACCUCCAAUGAUUGGACAUGCAUGUGGGUGUGUGUUGGUGUGUGUGGGCCCCACAUACACACAGAUAUCACAUCAUUGGUAGAUCAAAUAACUAAAUUGCCUUGCUCUUUGUUCUCAACGUUCUUGAUUACCAACACGCCAAUAAUUCAACAAAAUAGCCAAGAUCAACUCACCCUUCAAACUAUUCUUACGUUAUUAAGUGAGACUAACAUUGUGUUUGUUUUUAUCUACUACUUGUUUGGAACUUCAAGUCAUGAAGCCAAGAUUUGUC